UUGCCAUGGCAAGAACCGAUGGAGACGAUGUAUACCACAACAUGAACUCUUAUCAGCAAACCAACUCUAAUCCAACACCCUCCACUAUGGAACCCGAAGAUAAUGAAGGCGGUGAAGCCAGUGGUAUCAUCGUGUCUACAAUCGACCGAACAUGGGCAUCAAAAUCCUUGUGGAAUUUCAUUUGGAUGAGUGUGUUCUUCAGUGCCAAUCACGGGUGCGUUGUGGCUUGUUUGUCGCUUGCCACUGCUCGUCUUGGGUCAGUAGGGGCCUGGCAGAGUGGAAUCUUGUAUAUCUUCUACACUGGAUCUGCUGUCUUGGGAGCCACCUACGUUGUCAAACAGCUCGGCCCGAGAAAUGCUCUGAUCACGGGAAUGGGACUGUACUGUGUCUAUGUCGGAUGUUUCCUUGUAGCGACUCUGUCGCCGGAGAUUGAAACCCCUGCGGCAUUAUUGGGUGCAGCCGUUGGUGGAGUGGGAGCAGGGUUCCUGUGGACGGCACAAGGAUCUUACUUUAGUAGAGCUGCAGAGGACCAUGCACAAGCCCUGCAGCAGCCAGUACAAGAAUCGAAUCAACGGAUGGCUUCCAUCUUCGCCUUCUUGUACCUGGCUGAGGAAGUAGGCUUGAGGGCUCUGUCAACACUCUUGCUGGGACAAGGAUUGUCCUGGUCGGUGGUAUUUGGCAGUUACAGUGCUGUGACAGUGCUGUCUACGUUUUGUAUGGUCUUUGUCCGUGAUUAUCCGACCACCAGCAACUUGAGUGUGUCAACUGCAGAGGAGGAAACAAACACACAAUCUACUGGUACUGGUCCAUCUUCUUCGGUAUGGUACAAGGUGACGGCCGCUUGGCAGCUUAUGCGAAAUGAUCCCAAGAUGAAAUAUAUGAUUGGUUUAAAUGCCGUCUUUGGUUUUGCUGCGGCCUUUCUCAAUUCUUAUGUCAACGGAGAGGUGGUGGGUGUGGUCACCAAUGAUCCGCAAGCCAAAAGUGUGGGCAUAUUCAAUGCUUGGGUCUCUUGUGUGGCAGCCGCCAUGAGUCUGCUUUUUGGACGUGUCUCCAAGAAAGUUGGCAAUGGCCCCGUACUGAUUCUGGGGGCCCUGUGUUUCUUUGGGGUCGUAUUUCCCUUUGUCAUUAUCCCCAAUACGCGUCAGUGGGGUGUCGCUCUGCUCAUUUUCAUUUACACCUGUCAUGGAUGUGGACGAGCCACCUUUGAGGGGACACUCAAGGCAACUUUUGCAGACUAUUUUGCCUACGAAAAGGAGGGAGCCUUUGCUUGUAUUAUCUUGCAGAAUGGGUUGGCGGGGGCCAUUGGCUACAUCUUGACUUUUACGCUGCUGUGUUCGAAAGAGAGUCGAUACUGCAUUGCCUACAGCAACGGAAGUUUGCACGAUGUGUUGUCCUUUGAGCUGCUCGUCAUUGUUUCAGCUAUGGCAGCCAUUGGCGGGUACUGGCGAGCAUCAAGCUUGCGCCAGGCGGAGAUAAGGGCCAUGGAAGCAGCAGCAGCGACGUCCGAAGACACUGCUAUGAUUCCAUCCGCAGAGACGGAGUGACGAGCGCAGAAUGAUCUGAUGGAAAUUGAGGAUCAAGUUGUCUGGACGUUCUGCCCCGGUUGCACCUCCGUAAAAUGUCAACCGGAAGCUCGCGGCAAUCAUUCCAAGCGAAGUCGCAAUGAUCUAGCUAGUAGACCUAGCCAUGGAGCAAGCUUGCGGUGCAUUUUUGAGAUGUUGGCUGCGUCUCCUUUCCCAUCGCCGAUGCCUUUGCUGACCUCAGACGAACAAAUACUGGUAGCUACGGUAUGUGUUCGUAGAUUCAGGAGAUGACAGGCUCCUGGAGCUUCAAACAGACCGAUAUAUCUAGGACUCCUCUAUGUGUCCGGUAGUAGCAACUAGUCUAGCUUCUAUUCUCCAGCACACUCCAUCAACGGUCGCCUUCAGUAGACUACCGUGCUUUUCUUCUCCGAAUACUGGAGGAAGUGAAAAGGAGCAACGGAAACUUAUAGUUUGACAUAAGACAGGACGACACGAUCGGCAGCGAAAGGAGGGGGUGAAGGAUGGUCUUCAAGGACGCCAUAUCGGCACCUCUCCUCCGCAACUGUUUCGAAGCAAGAGCUUGCUACAACAUGUACUGGUACCUGGUGGUCCACCGACGUCAAAAAGUCCAUAGCCGCCCGCGGAAAUUCCACAGUUACUGAGUAUAGGUGCAACUACACAUCCAACUACCCCAUCGACUAACAUAAUGCUGACUACGUUGACAUUUGCUUGUUUGCUUAGCGGAACUCUGGUCUAAUAUAUUUUUACAAUAAGAAAACCACUAUGCACUAGCGCCCGUUCUUUCUCGUCUUGCUUCAACACGCUCUGAAGUUGCAAUCAACUUAGAGGGAAGGGAUGAGAGAAACUCCAAGCUUUUCGUGAACCAUAAGGGCGAGGAUUCCCAUUUGGGCGGCACGUCCUUGGUUCAAUUCGAUGGCACGCUUCUGAAGCUUGGUCUCCUCAUCAAAAGUAUCCCAUCCGUAGUCAAGGGCACCGUUGCGGAAGUCACCGACGUGUUCGUUUCCAGUGUUGGCAAUGUCUUUCAUGACGAAAAGCUCCAAGAAUCCAAUGAAUCCAAUAGUUUGGAUCUUUCCGCUAUCAGGGAUGGCAGAAAGGGCAUCGAAUCCAGCGGGGAUAUCAGCGAACUUGGUUCCAUCAAGGGCAAUGUCACCGGGCAGACGGAUUCCGGCGGCAGUGACGAGGUAACCAACAACGGCAAGCAUACAGAUGCGUCCGUGCUUGAUCUCAACAUAUCGGAGACGUUCAAAGUUGUUGACAUCAGAUCGUGCGGCAAUUCCAAUGGGAUCGAAGAAUCCAAGAGGGGGCUGGGCUCCGAGUUCACCUUCGAAGGCCAUGUUCAAGGCAGUGCUGGUAGCAGCCUGCUUGGCAGGUGCGAAAGCGGCCGCAGAGGCGAUAAGGGUGGCGAUGAUGGCGGUCUUCAUGUUUGGAUAUCGUUUGCAAAUCUCGAGAAAUUGUGAGGAAGGAUGGUAGAGGCGAGGGCAAGCAAGUUGAGGCUCGAUCUGAUGAGCAACCAGCGAUGCAAACCACGGAUGCAACCACCGAUGCAAGUUGAGGAUUGGCUUCGGUGGCCCAAAUCUCUUCGUUUCGCAGGCCAGCAUCUUGAAGUUUCCUUAGUGCGUAUCUUGAGUCGUCAAUCAUCCGUGACCAAUCUUACGUGACGCAUGAAACGUGAAUAACUGACUUUAUGGACUCCCGUGA